UGAAAUAGACUUGCGGUAGCAUAGUCUCGAAGCAGGGUUAUCAUUUAAAGCAACAACAGUGGCUAUAAAUGGAAACUAGCUUCAUACAAUACAAUGUUUUAACAUUUGAAGUGGGUGAGGCCCUCAGAUGGAGGCAGUGUGUGAGUGGCAGGUCCAUGGAGGUGAUGAAGAGGAGGAGGAAGAGGAGGAGGCAGGAGCAGAUAAGGCCAUGCUGUGGUCUUUCCAGGAGGCUCUGGAGAGGCAGACCUUGCAGAUAGGAGCAUCUGCCUGCGGGGCCACAGCUGUGGUGGACGUGCUGAGGGCCCUCGGCGUGGCUGUGGCCCCUGAGGAAGCAGACCGCUGCGUCCAAACAAGGCUGAGGAGGAACGAGUCCCCGCUGCCCGACUACCUGCUGUCCCGGAGUGAAGCCGGUGCAACUCACGCUCAGCUCAUCCGAGGAGCAGAGGAGGCCAGUAAGGGAAAGGUAGUGGGUCGCUUCUUCCACCUUCACCCUCGGCGGCUGGUCCGACUGGUCCCCUGGCUGGCACGCUGGAUCCAAAACGGUGCUGUUCCCGUGGCGACCAUGAACAUGCAGCUGGCUGUACCUGAAGGAGAGGAGGUGCCCGACGCCUGGCACCAUCAGCUCAUAUUUGGUGUUGCACCUAAUGCUGUGUUCAUGACCAAUCCUUUAGAUGUAGAAAGUGAAGAAGAGGUGCACCAGAGACUCUGCAGUGAGUCUGUGUUGCUGAUUCGUCGAGAAGACGUCCUGCAGAGACUGACGCCAGAUUGUUGUCUGUCCGGCUUAUCAGACAGUCAGUCUGACCAGCGCUGGAAGGCCCUGGAUGUGGAAGGUCAAGUGAGGCAGAUGGUCCUUGACGAGCAACAGGAACAAGGUCCACCCAAGUUAACACACAUCAAGAUCCCCGCAGCAUACAGUUCAGGCAUCACACUGUUCGCUGUACGACAGACCAAGUUAGGACAAGAACUCCUCAAUGCUCCUGAACUCCCUUUGUUCUAACUGGACUGCUAUUCAUGGACUUAAAGCUUGAAGACCUAUACAUUGGGACGUAAAAAAAUCAAAAACACUAUUGAUCCUAUGAUGAGUAGGAUAAGCAGAUAUCCACCAUGACGACAUCUGACAAGAAACAAAAAUCAAUAUGUAUUACUCAUUGUUAUACAACAUCUGUUCUCUGACCUAAGCUGCACAAGCAUCCUUUUGCAGCAAGUUUCCACAUGUCAUCAAACAGCUGAAAAUAUCUUCACCAACACACUGUUAUCAAUGUUCAUUUAUAUCACUGGUACCUGCUUUUUUGCAAUGCAUUUCCAACAGUUUCAUGUCAGUUAAUUACUUGAAUAAAGUAUGUUUGAAAUAA